AUGGCCAGUACUGGCAACCCGACCACCUCUACCUGUCGCUACUCAACGCGCGUAUCUCUACGAUGGCUCCCAGAACCUGCACAUGAGACAACGGACACUAUCGUCAUGUCCGUGCAAGACUGGUAUCUUGACCUGCGAAUGGACAACAAGACCGGCGACAUUGACUGGGCCAUAGCAGGUCAGCGGGUGGUCGAAAGUGAAGAACCAUUACGUGUCACAUUUACCCAUGAGAUUGAUUCGCACAACGCAUUCGACAGUGUCGAUUGCGGCACAUUCGUCACUUUGCCCAACGGCGACGAUCUGGAAACGGGCUCGAUGCCUCGCCCAGAUCUGCCUGGUGCUCCGGAGACCGAGUACGAGGAAGUGUGGCGGGAGCUACCUUUUCGACCUGGGCCCGAGGGUGCUGACAAGGGGAUUUCAUGGGUGCUUGAAUCCGAUGACGGAAAUCUAGAUGAAGAGGGCGAUUUCACUGUGACGAAGACUUUCCUCGGCCGGCUAUGGGGGACUUAUUUGGCAUUGCAGCAGACACAGCUGCAUUCAAGACGAAGAACUCCAUCCGGUGAAUGGAUUGUGAAAAAGUCAGGGACUCAUGUCAGUGCAAGGCGAGAAGAAUGGGAUUCGGACUGGCAGGAUCGAUAUGUGGUCGGAUCCACGGGAGACAAUCUGCCGUCGAUGAGGAGUGGAUUUGACAGUGGAAGUCAGCAGUCCUGGUCAACGCCUGGGGAGAAGAUCAUUAUCCAGGGGAGAUCCUACGUCGUGCGUGCAUUCGAGGAGAUGAAGUAA